AUGGCCUCAACCAUACCACGUCCGGGCCCCGCCAACCUGGGGCCCAACUCGAGUCUAGAUGAGUGGCUGGAGCAGGCUAAGCAGUGCAAAUACCUGCCCGAGCGGGUGAUGAAGGAGCUCUGCGAGAAGGUCAAGGAGAUUCUGAUGGAAGGUGAGCGAACAGUGUCUCCCCGUCAUCAUACCGUCACGGAAACCCCUCCGGCCUCAGUCGUGCUCCUUUGCUGCCAGUCCAACAUCCAACCUGUAGGCACCCCCGUCACCGUCUGCGGCGAUAUCCACGGCCAGUUCUACGACUUGCUCGAACUAUUCCGCGUCUCGGGUGGGAUGCCCGGGGAGACAAACGCCCAGGCACCCAAGACGGCUACGACCGUCAUCACAUCGGAGGAUUUCGAGCCCCCGACCGAGAUCACAGACCCCAAGCUCAAGAAGAGGCUGCGCGCCUCGCCCGACAGCGCCAUCGAUGGCCACGUUAAUGCUGGCGACGACAACGGCAACGAUGCUCGGGGAGGCGAUGACGGCGCGUCACCCGCCGACUCGGGUGUAGGCGUCGUGGCGUCGUCUCAGAGCGCCGAGACCCGAUUCGUCUUUCUUGGCGAUUUUGUCGACAGAGGAUACUUUUCCCUCGAGACGUUUACUCUGCUCAUGUGCCUCAAGGCCAAAUACCCCGACCGGAUCGUCCUCGUCCGAGGCAACCACGAGUCUCGACAAAUCACACAGGUUUACGGCUUCUACGAGGAGUGCCAGCAAAAAUACGGGAACGCCUCGGUGUGGAAGGCGUGCUGCCACGUCUUUGACUUCCUCGUCCUCGCCGCCAUCGUCGACGGCGAGGUCCUCUGUGUUCACGGAGGGCUGAGCCCCGAGAUCAGGACCAUCGACCAGAUCCGUGUCGUUGCGCGCGCUCAGGAGAUUCCCCACGAGGGAGCAUUCUGCGACCUGGUAUGGUCGGAUCCUGAGGAUGUCGAGACGUGGGCCAUCAGCCCUCGCGGCGCAGGCUGGCUGUUUGGAGAUAAGGUGGCCACAGAGUUCAACCACGUCAACGGCCUCAAGCUGAUUGCCCGUGCCCAUCAGCUCGUUAAUGAGGGAUACAAGUAUCACUUCCCCGAAAACUCGGUCGUCACCGUCUGGUCGGCGCCCAACUAUUGCUACAGGUGCGGCAACGUUGCAUCCAUCAUGUCGGUGGAAAAGGACCUCGAUCCCAAGUUUAGCAUCUUCUCGGCCGUGCCCGACGACCAGAGGCACUUGCCCGCUAGCAGGAGAGGUCCCAGCGACUACUUUCUGUGA